AUGGCUCCUCAGCUCGACGGUUUCUUCAAGCAGGUCGACAGCUCGGCCGACCACUUCAUCGAGCGUCUGCGCAAGGCUGUGGCCAUUCCCUCCAUCUCCGCCGAGGAUGCUCGCCGACCUGAUGUUGUUCGCAUGGGAGAGUGGCUCGGCGAUGAGCUCAAGUCCCUUGGAGCUUCUGUAGAACUUCGACCUCUUGGAAAGCAGCCCCACAAGGAAUACCUCGACCUUCCUCCUGUUGUCCUUGCCCGAUACGGAAGCGACAAGAACAAGCGCACAAUCCUUGUAUACGGCCAUUAUGAUGUGCAGCCCGCUGAGAAGAGCGACGGCUGGGCCACCGAGCCUUUCGAUCUCACUGUUGACGAGAAGGGCCGUAUGUUCGGACGUGGAUCUACUGAUGACAAGGGUCCUGUUCUAGGCUGGUUGAAUGCUAUCGAGGCUCAUCAGAAGGCUGGCGUCGAUUUCCCUGUCAACCUGCUCAUGUGCUUUGAGGGUAUGGAGGAAUACGGUUCCGAAGGCCUCGAUGAUCUCAUCAAGGAGGAGGCUAAGAAGUACUUUGCUGAUGCUGAGGCUGUCUGUAUCUCGGACAACUACUGGCUUGGCACUGAGAAGCCCUGUUUGACUUAUGGUCUUCGCGGUUGCAACUACUACUCAGUCGAGAUCUCCGGCCCUGGUGCCGAUCUGCACAGUGGUGUUUUCGGCGGCACUGCCCAGGAGCCUAUGACCGACCUUGUGAGAGUUCUUGGAUCGCUGGUCAACACUGGUGGCGAGAUCCAGAUCCCUGGUAUCAAGGAGCAAGUUGCCCCUAUCACCGCAGACGAGGAGGGCCUUUACGACGGCAUCUCCUUCACCAUGGAUAACAUCCAUGAGUCCCUGGGCAGCAAGACUACUAUCUUUGAUGAUAAGAAGCGCACUCUGAUGGGCCGCUGGCGAUACCCAUCUCUGUCUAUCCAUGGCGUAGAGGGUGCUUUCUCUGCUCCUGGAGCCAAGACCGUUAUUCCUGCCAAGGUUAUCGGAAAGUUCUCCAUCCGAACUGUCCCUGACAUGGACAUUGACACGACCAACGAGGCCGUGUUCAAGUAUGUCAAGGAGCAGUUUGCCAAACUCGGCAGCAAGAACACCCUCAAUGUAUAUGCUCAGCACACUGGCAAGUGGUGGGUCGCAUCACCAAAGCACUGGAACUUCUCGGCUGCUGCCAAGGCCGUUGAGCGAGUUUGGGGUGUUGAGCCUGAUUACACUCGUGAGGGUGGAAGUAUCCCUGUUACACUGACCUUCGAAGAGGCUACUGGCAAGAAUGUGCUUCUGCUUCCCAUGGGGAGCUCUACUGAUGGUGCUCACUCUAUCAACGAGAAGCUUGACAAGCGUAACUAUAUCGAGGGUAUCAAGUUGCUGGGAGCUUACCUUCACUACGUUGCUGAGGAACCUCAGUCUUAA